GUCGUGCCGCCACCGCGGUCGCCAUCAUGAGCGUGGCGUUGCGGAACGCCCAGCGGGCCGUGCCGGUGCGCCGUGCCCCGCUCCGCCGCGCGGUGUGCGCCCUGCGGGCCGCGCUGGGCGCCUCUCGCUUCGAUGUGGGGCUGGUGUGCGCCGGAAACGGGCUGAUGAAGCGUCUGAACGGCGCGUACCGGCAUUGCCCGGAGCCCACCGACGUCCUCUCCUUCCCCUUCCACCGGGUGGCGCCGGGGGAGCUGCCGCUGCCGCGCUGCCGCGACGAGUACAAUCUGGGGGAUAUCUUCCUGGGGGUAGAGUACAUCCAUCAACAGUGCCGCGACACCGGGGAGGACUUCGACAGCGUCCUGGCGGUGACGGCAGCCCACGGACUGUGCCAUUUGCUUGGCUACCAGCACAACACAGAAGCCGAGUGGCAACAGAUGUACCAGAAGGAGAUGGAGAUCCUGCAGGAGCUGAACCGCCUCACCGGCGCCAGCCUCCGGCCCCUCACCGCGGGCCUCUUCUGAGGGGGCCGCCCCGAGGGGCCGGGCCGCGACCGGUGCCGCCCCGGACGU